AUGUCCGAACAGCCCCUCUUCCCCCACCCCCGCCGCGUCGUCACCGGCCACGACGAGCAUGGCAACUCCAUCUUCGUCGCCGACAGCGAGGUGCCGUGUGUCCCGACGCCUGCCAACUGCAAUUUCGCCGUCUUGUACGAGACGCACCAGUUCCCGGCGUCGAACGACGGAUGGGAGGACCCGAUCCUGAACAAGACGAAGUCGCUGGCCAAUCCGAAUGGGCUUGUGUUGCGAGUGGUGGAUUUCAAGCCGAAUACGAAGACGGCGUUCCACCGUACUGAAUCGUUGGACUUUGGCAUCGUCAUUGAGGGAGAGAUCGUUUGCUACCUCGACAACGGCGCCGAACGGACCUUUAAGCGAGGCGAUGUCUGUGUCCAGCGCGGCACGAUCCACGGGUGGGAGAACAGGACGGACAAACCGGCUAGAGUGUAUUUCGUGCUGUCUGCGGCGAAACCAGUCAAGAUCGGCGACAAGGUCUUAGGAAAUGCCGGUUUUGAGGACAAAGAUGUUGAAUCGGGUGGGAAAUAG